AUGGGGGGGCACAGAGCAGCUCGGGCCAAGGAGCGGUACCCCUGGGCGCGCUACCGCUGGCUGGACUCCCUCCUGGGCCUGCCCUCCCGGCGCCAGCGCCUCUUCCUCGCGCACCGCCUGGCCACGAGCCCGCUGUGCAACGCGCUGGGGGGGGGUGUUCCUGGGCACGCCCUUCUACGUCAAGACCUGGCAGCGCCACGGCGUGCUGCUGCUGCUGGUUACCACCGCCGUGUCUGUGGGGGUGACGUUCGUGGUGAUGUGGGGCUAUGUGCUGCUGUGGCGCCUGCUGGUGCUGGCCAUGGCAGGCGAGCUUUCAAGCUCUGGCGCAGCACUGCAUUGUACAGCGGGAACAUCUACCACGCUCCUGGCUUUGAUUGGUCGCAUGCCAUGUCAGCACUCGUCAUCCACGCCGGCAAAUUAGACGAGGCCAGCCUGGCACUAUCCACCGAGCCUAUCGCCCGAGCCUACAUCGUCCCACAGCUAGCCUCCAUGCUCAAAACCCCCUUCUGGAAACCCCUUCCCCGCCGCCCAACCACAAACAAAUGCUCCGAUUGGACGCUUUACAUCAGCAACACUGCCCGGAUUCUCCUGUGGAACAUAAUUUUCAUCCUGCCCGCAACAGCUGUAGCACUGCUGUCUCGCCUGCUGGCGCCGUUGAUAAUCUCGGUGGUGCGAAAAGCGGUAGUGACGGUGAGCUUCGGGCUGUCUCCCAAGGAGCUGAGCUUCGCCAGUGUGUUUGUGGACGAGUGCCUGCACCUGGACGAGUGGUCGCCAUCACACCACGUGCAGCACUGGAACGUGCAGAAACUACUGGCGCUGGCCAAGACGCGAUCGAUGCGGGGGGAGGUGAUGGCGGGGUAUGAGGAUGACACGCGUGACAUGGGGAAGGCUGUACUCAGGGAGGGGCUACUUGAAGAGCGGGUGCCUCAAGGGGGCGUAACUGGGAAAGGGAUAGCUGAUGAGGGGUCGAGUGGGGAGGGUAAGGCGGAGGAGAGAAAGGAGCAGGAGGAGGUUGGAGAGAGGGAGGUGAGGGUGACGAGGCAAGGGGAAGGUGAUGGAAGAGUGGGUGUUGAGGGUGCAGGGAGUGCAGGGAUAGACGCAAUACAGACAAGUGUGUCAAGACCACAGCAGGGCAGCUGCAUGCAUACAGCUGAGCGAACGGGGCUCUCUGGUACCCACUUGGGGUUGGGGGAGGCCGUGGAGCCAUUCAGAGCCGCCCAACAACAAAUGGUGGCAGCAGCAGGAGAGAAGGGAGGGAAGGGCAGAGCACCAGGAAGCGUGAGGCCAAGCUUAAGCCUCAUGCAGCAGGCUCUGCGACAGGGGGGGGAGAGAGGGGAGGGCGAUGAGGAAAUGGGUGAAGAAGGGGGUGAAAGCAAGGAAGGGCGAGCGGGGGGAGGGGGCAGCGCUGCAGAGGGAGUUGGACGUGUAGGACGGAAGGGGGGAGUGGGUGAGGCUUUUGUUGAGGGUGCACGUGAAGAGAUGAAAGGAAAGCAGCAGCAGGUGCAGGUAACAGAGGAGAAGGUGGUGAGGCCGAGGCACGAGGGGCAGCUGAAGGCGACAGGAGUGCAGCACGGCAGCGGCAGGCAGCAGCGAGUGCGUGCGAGAGGCAGCAGGGAGGAGGCAGCACGGGUGGCGUAUGAAUUCCUGUGGAACGACGGCGCGCUGGAGGCAGCAGCGAGUGAGUGCGAGACGUACAAGCUGCUGCGCUCGCAGCUGCAGGCCAUCACCCACAACCCGCGCCUCUCCGACCAGGAGUGCGUGCGCCAGGUGAAGCAGCUGUGUGUGAUGAUAGAGGAGCGGUUCAGCGAGCUGACUGGCCAAUUUGACCCCAACCACGGGGCUUACUUUCGAGAUCCACGCAUUAUCAGGGCUAUGGUGCACUUCCUGGGACACAGGGAGCUCCCUGAUUGGUCCAGGGAGAUCGACACUGAUGUGUUGAGGGCUGAACAAAGGAUCAGGUUUGGGAGACUUGGGCACAGGGGUGCAGGUGGAUAG